UAACCACAAUAAGUGCCAUUAUUAUUGGAAGCGAACGAAAAUGGCAAGAACAGAAUUGUGGCGAAAGGCAUGUCUUCUUCUUCGGGUUUCGCAGUGAAAGUCCCCUUCUACGAGCGUGCGGUACGUCAACGCUUCAUAAACGGACACAAAUUCGAUUUGUUGCGUGUAUUUCACUACUAAAAUAUAUACAUAUAGAAAAGAGUAUCCUUCACACAUACAACAACGCUGGCACUCGCAGGCACCCUUUCGUGCACGCCGACCCGCCGAGUUAAUUUGCAUGGUGAUUUUGCUCCAUAUUCUUGCAUAUGUAUGUGGAUGUGUGUGUGUAUGUGUGCGCGCGACUUGUGUGUUGUUGGCAUGAGCAAUAAAUAAUAAUUAUUACAGAAAGAAAAACAGAGUCAAGAACAUUGGGUCUCCGAAGUCCAGCGCAAACCCAACUGGAAGGUGGAGUGCCAGCCACACGUCCACAGCCAAUUUCUAGUUAAACGCUACAAAAGCAACAAUUGUAGCAAGUGGACGACAAACAAAUAUAAGAACAACCCGCCAUUACAACCCAGCAAGGUAAUUGCGCACACCCCAUCCGGAAGGAGGAAGGAAGUUGAUGCAAUUGAAACCCCAACCAGUGGCAGUUGAGCGACACAGCUAUCGGUCAGCGUUUCCAUCGAAGAGCUGCGACUUGCGGCCACCCAUGGCAAAUGACGUGGAAAUAGCCAUCAAACCGAAGGAAACGUCAUGUAAGCUCAUUUCACCUCCGCCGCCGGAUCGUUUAGCUCAACCGCGAAUGUCGCUACUGGGGAAGCCUAUAAACUACAAUCGCGGCAACCGCCGCGAUGUCCGGUACAGGCGACUUCAGAGUCGCGUUUAUAAUUUCCUGGAAAGGCCCAGGGGUCUACCGGCCGUUCUCUACCACGUGAUGGUAUUCCUCAUGGUCUUUACCUGCCUGGCGUUGAGCGUAUUCUCGACCAUAAAAGAAUACGAGGAGGACGCUUUGUAUAUAUUAUUUAGGAUGGAAAUACUAGUUGUCAUUUGGUUCACAAUGGAAUUUUUUUUACGGCUGUGGUCAUCCGGCUGUCGCUCGCGAUACCAAGGAUGUGUGGGUCGUCUGAAAUUCGUAAAACGACCAUUUUGUAUUAUAGAUAUUAUUACUAUAGUUGCUUCCGUAGUUGUAUUAGGCAUGGGCACAUCGGGCCAAGUGUUUGCCACGAGUGCCCUAAGGGGAUUACGCUUUUUCCAAAUCUUGCGAAUGGUACGCAUGGACCGUCGUGGCGGUACCUGGAAACUCCUGGGCAGUGUCGUAUACGCACACAGACAAGAACUUAUAACCACAAUGUACAUUGGAUUCCUAGGCCUUAUUUUCGCAUCGUUCCUGGUGUAUUUGAUGGAGAAAGAUGUCAAUGACAAGUUCAAUAAUUUUGCACAAGCUCUAUGGUGGGGUGUGAUCACAUUGUGUACGGUGGGUUAUGGUGACAUGGUUCCAGAAACGUGGCAAGGCAAACUCAUAGCCUCGUUUUGCGCUCUCCUGGGCAUAUCAUUUUUCGCUCUGCCAGCGGGCAUUCUGGGCAGCGGAUUUGCCUUAAAGGUCCAACAGCAACAAAGACAAAAACACAUGAUACGCCGGCGUCAACCAGCUGCCUCGCUAAUACAGGCCUUGUGGCGCUGCUAUGCAGCCGACGAACACUCAUCAUCUGUGGCCACUUGGAAGAUACACCAGGUGGCGUUGCCCAGUCCACCAGCCUCACGAGCCUCAUCUAGUUUUAAGCACAAUGCAUCAUUCGUGGCCCGCCUUCCAACCAUCAGACGACACAAGCCACCCACAUCUACCCAAUCGCCCGGCGGAGACAGUCUCAGCGUCAAGACAGCAGUGGCCACCAAUCGAGUUUCCCGCUACACCCGCAACCUACGCGAGUUGAACCAAUCUGUGGAGAACCUUGACGAAGAUGAUGAGCCACGCUGCACUCAAUUGACAAAUAAGCACAAGACUGCCAUACGUUUUAUUAGAAAGCUUAAGUAUUUUGUGGCCCGUCGUAAGUUCAAAGAAGCCCUUAAACCAUACGACGUUAAAGAUGUCAUGGAACAGUAUGCCGCAGGACAUGUCGACUUACUGGGUCGUGUAAAAAAUGUUCACGCCAGGCUUGAUCAAAUAUUGGGAAAGCAAGGAUCUAAAUCAAAAGACGCUUAUGCUUCGAAAAUUAGCUUAGCUUCAAGAGUGGUCAAAGUCGAAAGACAGGUUGCCGAUAUUGAAGAGAAAUUAGAUAUUUUAAUUAAAGCCUUACAUGGAGGACCGUCACGGUUUCAAACACUUCCCCCUACUCCUCAGGUCUCAAAACAUUCCAACAAUAAUAAUCACCUCCAUAAUAUCAUCGAAAAUAGUCAAAGUGGUAUUGUAAAUACAAAUAAGAAAAGCAAUGAAAUGGAUAAAUCGUUCAGCCAAGAUGGCAGAUGCUACUACAUCAACGGCGGCGUUGGCGGCAAUGGCACUGGAUCAAGCAUCAUCAUCGACGUCGUCGCAGGCACAACAAGGGACCACUGAACCUGAAUACACAAAGUCUUCCCAAAACAGUUCAUAUCCUCUGUCGGUCGACCCUAGGCCGAUAUCUGUUUACAAACAACGUGGUAGUGAUGGCUUCAUAGCCGAAAUAGAAAGUAGAUCGAAGAAGCGGGUAC